GCAACAGCACCAGCACAAGCACCUGGUCCAGCACAACCACCAGCACCAGCAUCAGCACCAGCACCACCACAAGCACAAGCACCAGCACCAGAACCAACAUCUGCAGAAGCACAAGCACCAGUACAAGCACCAGAAAACACACCAGCACAGGCACCAGUACAAUCACCAGCAUCAGAACCAGCACUAAUACCAGCACCACUACUAGUACCACCACAAGCACCAGAACUAGGCAUCAGUUCAGAAACAUGUUCCAGCACCAGCACAAAAACCAGCAAUAUCACAAGUUACAGCAUAGGCACCAGCAGCACCAAUAGCACCGCAACCAGCACCCGCACCAGCACCAGCUUUAGCUCUAGCAACAGUACAGGCACCAGCACAAGCGCCGACAUUGACCUAGGCUUAAGCAUCAGCACCAUCAACAGCACCAGUACCAUCACCAGCAUCAGCACCAGCACCUUCACCAGCACUAUCACUAGUGCAAGCACCAGCACAAGCGCCGGCAUCGCCCCAAGCACCAGCACAAGAACUGGUACGAGCAUCAGCACGAGCACCAGCAUCAGCACAAGCACCAACACCAGCAGAAGCAACAGCACCAGCAACAGCACCAGAACAAGCACCAGCACCAGCACAAGAACAGGCAUCAGCUCCAGCAGCAGCCCCAGCACCAGCACUAGAACUAGCACAAAAACAGGCAUCAGCUCAAGCACCAGCCCCAGUACCAGCACCAGCACUAGAACUAGCACCAGCACCAGCACCAGCACCAGCACCAGCACCAGCACCAGCACAAGCACUUGCAUUAGUACAAGCACCAGUAGAAGCAUCAACAGAAGCACAAACAUAAGCACGAGGACCAGCACUGACACAAGCACAGGCACCAGCACUGCCCCAAGCAGGAGCACAAGAACCGGUACGAGCACCAGCAAAAGCACCAGCACCAGCUUCAGAGGAAGCACAAGCACCAGCACAAGCAAUAGCACCAGCAAAAGCACCGGGACCAGCAUAGGCACAAGCACAAGCACCAGCACUGACACAAGCAGAGAAUUUAGCUCUAGAACCAGUAAAAGCACCAGUACUAGCACCAGCACAAGAACCUGCAUUAGCACUAAAGAAGCACCUAUUGAAGCACCGGUACUGGCAAAAUAACAAGAAACAGCAUAAGGAACAGCAGAAACACCCGUACAAGCACAAGCACCCGUACAAGCCCAAGCACCUGUACUAGCAGCAGGAUCAGCACCAGCACCAGCACCUUCACCACCACAAGCACAAG